UGCGCUAUUACAUGUGAGGAGGUGCUGGGGGAGGGGGAGGAAGAUGGCGCUAUAUAACCCUAACUAAAGAAUCUGACGGUGUGGAAGGCAAGUAUCCAGAUGUAACGGGUACGGGAGCUCUAGGAGGCACGGAUGUUAGAGCUGGAGGUCAGGGGAAUUAGAGGGUGCCUUUAUUUCUCUGACUGACCGACUUCUUGUGUUGGCAGAUCAUCGUUUGGGACGAGGAAUGUUUCCAGGGUCGCAAGCACGAAUUCACUUCAGAAUGUUAUAACGUUAUGGACUUCGGCUUCGAGACGGUGCGCUCCUUCCGCGUGGAGAGCGGCGCGUGGGUGGGCUACGAACACUCGGCUUUCCAGGGUCAACAGUUUGUCUUGGAGAGGGGCGAGUACCCGCGCUGGGAGGCCUGGAGCGGCAGCAACGCUUACCACAUCGAGAGGAUGACCUCCUUUCGCCCCAUCGCCUGUGCGAAUCACCGCGAGUGCAGGAUGACCAUCUAUGAACGAGAGAACUUCCUUGGACGCAAGGGGGAGCUCAGUGACGACUACCCGUCCCUGCAGGCCAUGGGCUGGUGCAACAACGAGGUCGGCUCUUUGCGAGUGCAGUCCGGAGCGUGGGUGUGCUACCAGUAUCCCGGAUACCGCGGCUUCCAGUACAUCAUAGAGUGCGAUCGCCACUCAGGAGAGUACAAACACUGGCGGGAAUGGGGAUCUCACGCACAGACUUUCCAAGUGCAGUCCAUUCGACGCAUCCAGCAGUGACCUCUUUGCAUGUCCUGGGAAUGCCUGCGGGCGCCAAUAAAUACACCUCAAUAAAGUCUAUUUGUUUAACUUA